AUGAGUUUGUCUGAAGAUAGUGAUGUUAUCCUCAACGGCAAAUUUUCAGCACAUUUCGAUGUGAACCAUGAUGUUUCAUCAUUUGCCAUUAGUCCAACAGGCAUGUAUUGUGAAAGAUUCCACGUGCGCUUUGCUCAGAACCUUGUCCUCCCGGAACAAGAAAGGUCAGCCGGAAAGGUCAGCCAAUAUGUUGUUUUGACUGCGCAGAGUGCGCCGAUGGUUCUGGGCUAUGUUUUAGUGGCACUUGUUGUAGUGGGCGUGUGCCUUUCACUAGGUGCAGCUGCUGUAUUCUUCCAGCAUCCGGAAACCCCUGUCAUUCGAGCGAACAAUUCGGAGCUGAGCUUCCUCCUUCUCUUUGCACUAACGCUUUGCUUCCUGUGCUCACUUACCUUCAUUGGGAAACCGACCGGAUGGUCCUGCAUGUUGCGGCGGACUGCGUUUGCAAUCGCAUUUGUUCUCUGUAUUUCAUGUAUUUUGGGGAAAACUGUUCUUGUUGUGGUCGCGUUUAAAGCAACUCUUCCCAACAACAACUUGAUGAACUGGUUUGGACCCAUGCAGCAACGGUUAGGCGUGUUCGUUCUUACAUUUCUUCAAGGUUUAAUUUGCACAAUCUGGCUCAUUGUAUCACCUCCUUAUCCAAAGAAAAACAUGACCUAUUAUAGAGACGUCAUUAUUUUGGAAUGUGAAGUGGGCUCUUUAAAAGCCUUUUAUUUUGUAUCCAGUUAUAUUGGUCUUCUCUGCACUGUAUGCUUCCUGCUAGCUUUUCUUGCCCGGAAAUUUCCAGAUAAUUUCAACGACGCGAAGUAUAUAACUUUCAGUAUGCUGAUCUUCUGUGCUGUUUGGAUCACUUUUAUUCCGGCUUAUGUCAGCUCUCCUGGAAAGUACACGGUGGCUGUCGAAGUGUUUGCUAUUUGGGCGUCGAGCUUUGGUUUACUUGUCUGCAUUUUUGCUCCGAAAUGUUAUAUUAUCUUAGUGAAAUUGGGAAAAAAAAUACGAAGAAAAACAUGA